AUGGCCUACGAUGUGAGGCAGCAGACGAACAAGUCCCGCUUCGAUGCACACACAAGCUCCCGCAGAGGCUGGACAAGGCUGGGGACAGACGCGGCUGUGAUGCUGGGCGAGGAGAGCCCCGAAGCGCUGAUGGAUCUUCUGCGCGACCGGCGCAGCCCCUGGGCUCUGCCACCAGACUGCAGCCGCCAGGACCAGCACCUGCGGGAAGUGGCCGUGCUGACGCCCAAGCUCGUCCAUGGUUCCAACAUCUUCCAGAUCCUCAGGUCGCUGCGGAUCGUUGGCAAAGGGGUAGAGGAAGUUGACGAUGGUCUCUUGCAGUUACAUCAGCUGGAGGAACUCAUCCUCAGUGCCAACCAGAUCAGCAGGAUAACCUCGGCCAACCUGCCCCGGACACUGAAGGUCCUGGAGCUCUGCUGCAAUGCUGUGGCUGAUCUGCAGGACCUGUGCACUCAGCCUCCUCCGGAGCUGCAGCACUUGGGGCUGGGAUACAACAGGCUGUGCAGCCCUUCGCAGGACAAGUACCUCACUGCGGCCUUCUGGCCAAACCUCGUCUCCCUUGACCUGAGCUUUAACAACUUCAUGGAUCUGCUGGGGCUGGUCUACCAACUGUCCAGUCUGCAGAAGCUCCGCAUCCUUGUGCUCCAAGGGAACCCACUGGCUCUCAUUCCCACUUACAGAGCCUUCCUUGUGGACAGCCUGCCCAAGCUCUCCAUCCUUGAUGACAUCCACAUAGGGCCUGACGAGAGGCACCAGUUCCAUGGUUUGGCAAGGCAGCCAGAGCUGAUCAGGAGCGAAGCACGAGUGGUCGUGAGCAUUGGGGAGAUCGAGGGAGUCCCUGAUCCCAGCCCUCGUCAGCAGCUGGAGGUUGGCUCCAAGGCUCCGGUGAUCACCUACAGCUACUGUGUGAUGUACGAGUUUGUGGAGGGCGAGGAGAUCGAGGACGGUAGCUGCACUGAGGUAACAAAAAUCCAUCAGAGUCCCACGGUGGCCACCCUUGGUGUGGACAGCUCUGCUCAGGACACAGGAGAAACAAAGGGCCAGCAGGAGCCUGCAGCCACAGAGGGGCCCAAGACCCACUCUGCAAAGGUGUUUGUCACCCCUGGAAAACCCUGGGCAGGCACCAUCGACUGCAGCUACAGGAAGGAGCACACUGCCAAGGACUUAGUGGGGCUGAAGUCCUACCUGGCGGCUGGAACGAUUGUCUCGGUCGUGGAGGAGAAGGUGCUCUCAUGGCCUGUCAAUGCUGAUGCAGAAGAAAAUGCAGUCACGAAGGGGAAGGCAGGACGGGUGCUGCAGAAGGAUGGUGCCAAGGUUCCUGUGCCCAGGGACAAGCAGAAAAAGAAGAAGAAGGAGCAGAAGCCAUGUGAACUCCGCAGUGACCCUCCCAUUCGGAGGACCCUGGGCACCAGGAGAGUCACCCUAGAGUCCCUGCUGGCCACCGAGGACCUGGUGGCAACUGUAUGUGACUUUGGGAUCUUGAUCACUGAGCAGCCGCUGCAGCCACCAAGUCUGGAGAAGGUAAGGAACGACAGGACAAAAAGCAAAGACAAGAGCAAAAAAACAAAAGGAGAGAGAGAAAGUCAGGCCAGCUGGAAAACCACGGCGUCUGCAAAAGGAAAAAGGAAAAACAAAGACUCUGCUGAACUGGAGGAGGGUCGAGAGCUCCAGCCGGUGCCGCUGACGGUUCAAUUCCAGAUGCAGCUGCUUCGGUGGCCCUCGGCUGCCGGUACCCAGAGCCAGGAGAGCGUGACCAUGGCAGUGGGGAAGACCCAGUAA